CAAGGAGAGUGCCUGGUAUUUUGAGAGUUUAUAGCUCCCUCUCAUGUCCAGUAGGUGAGAGACAGUGAGAGGCAGGGAGAGGGUGUUUCUCCAUUGCACCUCAGCCAGGGACAGCUGACUGGUUGAGACCUAAUUGCUCUCAAGUGAGGUCAGCAGGAGGCUUUUAUCUGAGCAGACAGUAGAAGAUGCACAGAGUCAACAGAGUCAAACUGCCAGAAUCAGGGAGACAUACGUGGGAAUUGACAGAGGCUUCCAGCACUUGUUUAGUUUCACUGCAUUACUGGACCUGCUAUACAACUGAGGCUGCAGCUGUAGAAGAAAGGAGAGUUGAGAUUAAAACUCUUAACUGACAGGGAAAAUAUCAUCUGACAUCUCCUGUCAUCCAUUGGAGCUCAUCGACAUUAUUUUGAACAUUUCCUCAACUGGAUUAUGACAUCUCUUUUCGGAUUAUGGUCUCAAGAGGAUGGAGCACUCGACGUGCACCGUCACUGAGGAAUAAAGAGAGACCCCAUCUUGUAACUCUGUCAUCAGUAUUCUUCAGCUUCAGCAAACCUCGCACACCUUCACAAAGUCUCCUCCACAGAAACCCCGUCUCAUUGGCCCAUCGGGACGCAGACUGCUGCAUAAACAGGGUCACGACGCAAGGGUCACAUAUCUCGGGGUCGCUGGGCCGAGGGAUAGUGUGCACAUCUCUAGCUCACAUUUUCAGACUGUACUUGCAUGCGAUGUUCCUGUUUGGCAGUGUGUGUGUGGUCUACAGUGACUGCACUCCAGAGCAACUCGCUGCCAUCAUGAACUGCUCCAGACAUGAGCGUCACACCAGGAACUACGACUACAUGGAGGGGGGCGAUGUGCGCAUACGACAACUGUUCAGCCGCACACAGUGGUUCGUGACAAUUGAUGACAGGGGCAAUAUCAAUGGGACACAAGAUCCCACUGACUGCAACAGUAUCCUGGAGAUCAGGACGGUGUCAGAGGGGGGCAUACUCGCUAUCAAAGGCGUGAAGAGUCAGCGGUACAUUUGUAUGAACAAGGCAGGAAUGCUGCAAGGCAAGGAGAACUACAAUGAAAACUGCAACUUCAAAGAGGUUUUCCUAGAAAACUACUUCAAUGCGUACUCCUCUGCAAAGUGGACUAAAAAUGGAAAAGAAAUGUUCAUUGCCCUGUCUCAAAAGGGAAAGCCGAUGCGAGGGAAGAAGACGCGGAGGGAGCUCAUAGCAUCACACUUCAUCCCUAUGAAAUGCAGGGAGGACGAGCGGAGGGUGGUGGACUGAGAACAGAACCCGAGGACUGAGCCGCAAAAUUGUGUAUGACUUCAAUCCGAUAUUUUAUAUGCUAAUGGCCACAUGUAAACUCAUUACCAACGUCACGCUCCACUCUCAUCCACUUGUAGUUUAGUUGUGUUUUCUAUUCUGUAAUAUGUUGUUGUUUUUUCAUCAGAGAGAGCAGCAGAUUCAAAUAUGUCAAAACAUCCACAGAUAAGACUUUGAAAUGGCUUCGACGUGAACAUAAACUGUAAAAGCACUACAGUCAACCAUAGACUGCAUCUAAAAAUUAUGUAGUCUUCCAUGUGGAAAAUGAACUCCUGUUCUGAGGCAGCGAGAUUCACAAUUUGACUGGAACCAUGUUUUUUAAAGUGGAAAUUCACAGACGUCCACCAACUUCCAUCCUACUCAACGCAGAAGACGACACUCAUUUUUAAAUAAAGUCUACACAGUCAACUCAAAGUGACUUAUAAAAAAAGUUAUAACUCACAGUCAGGGCUGUACCUUUUUAUCCCAAAGAUGAGUGACACCCAGUCAGAUGAGGAGACCUCCGCGAUCAACACAAAGUCUUCGGGAGUGUAGAUCAACAUAAAAGGUCCUGGAAGAGAGAUUUAGAUGUGCUGAAACAAGCUGGACUUGUCUUAACGGUACAACAGAGGCACAACAAUUACAAAUACAACAGCAUGUUCAGUGAAAUUAAGAGUUUGUGGGAACGUCUGUAUGUAGAUGACCUUGUUUGUGUUGAUUUGUCUGUCCUUCCUGCAUUGACAACCAGACGCUGGUCAAACGCAUCAUAGCUGCUCACUCACUCCCUCUCAACUAUCAAGGUGUGAUUUUUAAAAUACUAAAAAUAAUCUACUGCUGCUAAUGAAAACAGAUAUCCAGAUUAAAAUACAAAGUUAACUACACAAUGAAUGUGUGUGCUAUACAAUCUCUUUCCAUAAGAUUUAACAAUCCUGUACAAUAAAAGUUCAUAUAUAUAUAAAUAUAUAUUUAUAAGAUUAAUUUAGUGUUUUAAUACAAACAUUCAUUUAUUUUUAUCCAAUGCUCAUUUAAAUCUUCAAAUCAGUCAACUCUCUGUGCAUGAUAUUGCUGUAAUAACCAUAAUUCUGGCCACACCAUUACACCAUCUUAUAAUAUACAGUUGUAAGUUAUUUGUUUUAUUUAUAUAUCUAUAUAAUAAAUGAGCUAUAUGUUAAAGCA